AUGGCGCAGCCCCCCAGCAAACACGGAACGGGACCGUCGUCCACGGCAUCCACAACAUCCAGCAUGCCCACUGCACCAACGCCGUCCACCACUAUAUAUCGCAACGGACGUGAACGUGGUGCUUUAGGAGCCGAAGCACUGUUGCGAGCAAGAGUCAACGGCCGUCUUAAGACUCCUUCGCAGUCCAGCACCUCCAGUUCUCGCACUCCUCUGGUCCUCACCCCAACUGGUUCGACCGAUACUUUUGUAGCAUCCCGAACUUCCAAAACUGUGAGCUCAAGAGCAACCACCAAUUCCGCAAGCUUCUUGACCCCGACACAGGAUGAUCUCGAGUCCAACGGUAACGGGCAUGCGGUUUCUCGUAGCAGGGCCUCUGUCUCUCCCUUCGGCUCCUCGAGUAGCACUCAGACAAAUGUCCGCAAACAAAUGCGAGACAUCUUGGAGGAGAACGAGCGGUUGCGCACCCAGUUAGAUAUGCUCACACUCAAGGCCAGCAGCCCGACUUUGACAACACAAGAAGAGGCAUGCAGGCUUAGACAGCUCAAGAGCCAGGAGUGUGAGGCGAUUUCCAAUGCGCCAAGGAGGUCUACGGCAGGGCUGUUCAAGUCUGUUUGUUCGACCGAUCUCCUAUUUCUCAUCGAUACCACAGGGUCAAUGGGCCCAUACAUCGAGAGCGCAAAAUCCCAAGUCAGGGUUGCUAUGGUGGGCUACAAAGACCACCUUGACAACCCAAAUAUCCAAUUCCUGGACUUUACGCAGUCUACCGAUGAAGUGCGAUCCUUCCUCGACAGCCUAGUCGCCACCGGCGGAGAUGACCUUCCCGAAGAUGUUCUUGGGGGACUUCAGCAAGCGCUCGAUGCGAAUUGGAAGCAUCAGACGCGAGUCAUCAUUCACAUCGCCGACGCCCCUCCUCACGGCCGUACACUGCACAACCUUGGCGACUGGAGUGAUACUUAUCCCAACCCAGGAAGCGAGCCUCACAAACUGACUUAUCAGCCACUACUCAAGCGAAUGAUAGGCUCAAAGAUCAACUACGUCCUGCUUCGCAUCAGAUCGUGUACAGACUGGAUGGCUCGGGCCUUUCUGGACGAGUACGCCGCCGUUGGGGGCGACUGUAUGCUAAGCAAGCAAAACGCUUACUGCGGCAAAGUGAGCAACCCCAGUAAGAAAAACGGGCUUCCGAGCGGCCGCCUGCUGUUUCGAGAGGCCGAGUUGGGCAUCACAUUCAGCGCACUACAGGAUCUCGUCGUGAAGGCCGUCACUACUUCGGCUAUUAGCACCGCUACGAGAGCUUUCACUCUCCGUGCAAGCAGUAGAAGAGUGCCGGGAGGGACUAACACCCAGAAAUCAAGCUGCGUUGACCUUGGAUCCAUUCAUGAGGAUGAAGAGGUCUCCAGCAACCGCCCCAGCAUUAAGCUGGAAGAAGGUCCAGCUGGAGAGGGAUUCUCAGUGAACGGUGGCAGUGUCACCGGAAUGCCCGGCUGCGCCCCUCUAAAGGGAACAGGUAACACGCUCGACGACCUGAUGGAAUCUGAUGACAACAUAACCGUCAGCGUGCUGAAGCUGAAUCUUCGCAAGCGCAAGACACCUUUCGCCGAGGGGGCACUGCGCCUGGCCUCAUUUGCGCGCACCGAGUCUUCGACGAACCGUUAUGUCGUUAAAGAAUUCAAGGACGACAACUCCAAGUAUGAUGACGAUGACGACGGCGGCCAAGAUUCACGCCGUCGCACUCUUGCCCACCUAGCGGAGGACAUGCGCUCUCAAGCUCUUUGCAAGGCCUUCGCGCUCGAAUUCAACCUGCUUUUGGGGGACAGCCCGGAACAUGCAAUCGACUUUGUGGUGACGUCCUGUUUCAAAUGUGACAACAUGGGCGAGCGCAAGGGCAAGUGCAUGUACAUCGAGCCUUUCCUCGACGGAAAAUACAUCAAGUAUAACGGCAACGCCGGCUACGCCAACGACGACCCCGAGCUCGCAGAAGACCCAUCCAACCUGGCUGCUCAGGCCUUUUCGCAUUUUACGUUUGAACGUUCGCAUGGCCGGUUCCUCGUCUGCGACCUGCAGGGUGUGGGCAAGAUGAUGACGGACCCGGCCGUCCACACGCUCGACCCGUACCGGUUUUCGCUGUCUCAGACCAAUCUGGGUGCCGAAGGGUUCAUGUUUUUCUUCGCUUGGCACGAGCGCAACAAGCUUUGCCGCCAGCUCGGAUUGCAGAGCAACGGACAAAGUCUAGUGGAUGGUGACGACAAGCCGAUGCAGUUCAGAAAACACUGGCGUGGCAUAGAAAGGCUCAGCCACGGCAUCGGAGAUAUGGCGGCAUUUUGCUGCUCGAACAAGCUGUGCGGGAAAAUCUUGAGUCAGGCUCAGGCGGCGACCUCGGAACGUUCAGGUCCGUCUGGAUAUCACUGGUGCGACGAGUGUUUGCCGCAGUUGGACAAGUUCAUGGUUUGCUCUACUUGGGGCGUACCGCACCACGAGUUCGAGGUCUCGAAGUUCUUUUACGAGUCCCAGGGAAAGAAUAUUCCGCGUUACUGUCCCGACCAUGAUGUUCGGGAAUCCGCGGCGAAGCUUUUCGCCUUUGACCCAGCCUUUAAGGUUCAGUAAAGAUGAAUGCUGGGGGAGUAGGAGGUAAAGUCGCCGGGGGAAAGGAGGGAAACAUAGGAAGUGGCGAAGCAUAGGAGGACAAACUGAGCGGUAGGAAGGGCAAGAAAGAAGUGGAGAAUAUGAAAAAUAAGGUCGGAGCAAGACUCACCUCCUCAUCCGCCGGCAUCUUUCAAGUGUCAACUCCCUAUUAGCAGUAUCGGGCUCUUACUUUGUCAAGUUCAGACGGCUGUUAUGACUCCUCUUGUGGAGAGCAACGCCUUCUCAAGCACCUCGUACUGAUUCCAUUUAUGGCAGAUGGAAAUAAUGAGAAUGUAGUCGUUAAUAGCAUACGUAGAGUAAUGUGUAGUUGAAUGUUCAUUCUCAUUGUAAACAAAGUGUUUAUUUGGUGCGAAAUGGUGUUUUCGAUCUCGGACACCAACAGUCGUUCAGGGUUAUUUAUGUAUGGAGGGUUAGGCGUGAAGCGAAU